AUGGAUCUUGCGUCAGGCCCAGAUACGACCGAGACUCUCAAGUCCUCGGUCGUGGAGUUGAAUGUCGUGGAGACCACGGAUGAUGCGAACGUUGAUGAUGAUAGUACACCGUCACGACCCGCUAUCCAGAAGUCAAAAUCGCCGACGACGUCUGACGCGGAUGACGUUAGUGAUGAGUCUGGCGACGAAUGGGAGACGGACUCGUUAUAUGAAGAGGCAUUGCAUUUUGUUCGGGAUGAUCAACUUGCGACUGUCCCAGGUGCAUGCACUCCGCAAGAGGCGAUCGCCUAUCGCAAACUUCUACGCGAAAUCGGAAAGGCCGCCUUUGUCGAAGAGACGAUCGGAAAGAAUACGAUCACAGCGAAGAAACUCCUGACUGCGUUCGGUGUUGUUCCCCCGUCUUUCCUCGAAGAUGCGCCUGAUGAGGCAUACCAUCCGCUACUUGGUAUUGUCAUUUCUCGAGAGUUCGCAAAGCGUCAGAAGCUGGAUGAAUAUAAUUCUAUUGAGGAUGCGGUUAACUUGCUGAAGAAGUCGAAGAACGUGAUUGUCAUUACCGGUGCCGGGAUCUCUACGAGCCUUGGGAUCCCGGACUUUCGUUCCAAAGACACCGGUCUCUAUUCGCGACUAGAACAUCUCGGACUCAGCGACCCCCAAGAGGUGUUUGAUAUCUCAUUGUUCCACGAGGAUCCAAGUAUAUUCUUUUCAGUCGCAAAGGACAUCCUUCCCACCGAGAAGAAAUUCUCCCCUACACAUGCGUUCAUCAGGCUGUUACAAGACAAAGGCAAAUUGUUGACGAACUACACCCAAAACAUCGAUAACAUCGAGGCCAAUGCGGGUGUCAAUCCGGAAAAGAUUGUGCAGUGUCACGGGUCUUUUGCAACCGCAACGUGCACAAAAUGUGACUUCAAGGUGCCGGGCGAUGCCAUUUUUGACACUAUUAAAUCGGGCAAGAUCCCUCUUUGUAAGCGCUGCAAAGAACAGAUUACUUUGCGAUCGCAAGCAUUGAAACGGAAACGUAGCUCGAACGGUUUGCAGAACAGCCGUAAGAAGCGUUCGUUUGACGAUGAUUCCGAUGGGGAGGAUUAUGACAUUCCUACUCCUGGUGUUAUGAAGCCCGAUAUUACCUUUUUUGGCGAAGAUCUUCCUGACGAGUUUGGAAGACGACUUGUUGAAGAAGAUCGUGAGGUGACGGACUUGGUCAUAGUGAUUGGAACAUCCAUGAAAGUGGCGCCUGUGGCCGACGUUCCCAGCAUUAUACCAAGCACAGUGCCUCAGAUCUACAUCUCACGCACACCUGUAUCGCAUAUCGGCUUUGAUAUCGAUCUGUUAGGCGAUUCCGACGUAGUCGUGUCAGAGCUCUGUCGACGAGCUGGGUGGGACUUGAAACAUGGCAUGCUACCCGAGGACCAGAAGGUUGAGGUUGCUCAAGAAGAGGGCUAUGUAUCGCGUCAUACCUUCAGUGUUGUAUAG